AUGACGAGAGAAACACAGGAGACGACAUUCACUGAUAAUCCUAACGUUUAUCAGCAUGCAGAGGGAAUUGAGGAAGAAGACGUCUACGUUAAUGCAGAAUAUUACACUGUGGAUAAAACACCUGCCACUUCAGAUAAAAAGUUUCUCUCCAUCAUUCGGCCUUUUUUACCAGUGGCAGUCGGUUGGGUGAUACUGUUGGUUAUCAUGGCUCCCCGUAUCCACUUUACCUCUGUCAUCUCCACCAAGCUGAGCAACGAGAUUAAAAGUUCAGACCAAGCCAAUCAGUACCUUUCUGCGGUCAUCAAAGCCAAUGAAAACUUCAGUAGUCUGACAGAUCAACUGAAGGCAGAAAACCAGCAGCUGAAGGAAGAAAACCAGCAGGUGAAGGCAGAAAACCAGCAGGUGAAGGCAGAAAACCAGCAGGUGAAGGCAGAAAACCAGCAAGUGAAGGCAGAAAGCCAGCAAGUGAAGGCAGAAAGCCAGCAGGUGAAGGCAGAAAACCAGAAGGUGAAGGCAGAAAACCAGCAGGUGAAGGCAGAAAACCAGAAGGUGAAGGCAGAAAACCAGCAGCUCAGGGCAGGAAAGGAAACUAACUCAACCACUUCACCAUUCUGGACUAUGCCAACACCAACCUGGAUGGCAUUUCCAAACACAACCUCACCUGGGUGGAAUCAGACUGUGUGGAAUCAGACUGAGGGGAGGUCAUACUUCAACAAGAGAAAAAAGAGACAGACUGAUCCUUGUCAGUCAGGUUGGUUUCACUUCCAGGACAGCUGCUAUGUGAUCUGGAGCAACACAAGCAGCAGCUGGGAAGAAGCUCGAGACGACUGCAGAGGCAAGACGGCAGAUUUGGUUGUUAUGGAAAGUCCAGAGGAGCAGGAGUUCAUCAGUAACAUCACUCGGACCAGUUUGGGGAUCAGCAGCUACUGGAUCAACCUCAGAGCCGAAGCUGACGGCUGGCAGUUUGUUAAUGGAAGUGAUCUGACGAAAGACGUCUGGAUGAAACAACCUGCUGACGGCCAUCGUUGUGCGAUUUUUACCCAAGAGAGCGAUGGAUGGAAAGCUGUGAGCUGCGAUGUCAAAAAUGGAUGGAUAUGUGAGAAGAAAGCUGAUUAA